UCCAACAGAUAGUCAUUGAAGGAAGUAUUUCCGAGUAAUGACAAUGUUGGGUAUGUAUGUGCCAGACAGAUUUUCUCUGAAAUCGUCAAAGGUCCAGGAUGGAAUCGGUCUUUACACGGCGAGGCGAGUGAAAAAGGGAGAAAAGUUUGGCCCCUUUGCAGGUGAGAAAAAGCUGCCUAGUGAGCUGGAUGAAAGCUCGGAUACCAGGCUGAUGUGGGAGGUCCGUGGCAAUAAGGGAGAUGUGCUGUAUAUUCUGGACGCCAGUAACCCACGUUAUGCCAACUGGCUGCGGUUUGUCCAUCAGGCGCCUUCACAAGAGCAGAAGAACUUGGCAGCCAUUCAGGAUGGUGAGAACAUCUUCUACCUGGCUGUGGAUGACAUAGAGACUGACACAGAGCUCCUGAUAGGCUACCUUGACAGUGACAUGGAGGAGGAAGAGGAGGAAGAAGAGGAGGAGAUCAUUAAAGAUGAAGAUGAAAAUAGUAAAGAGGCCAAACAUCUUGUUGAAAUGGGUACAAAGGAGGACCACCCCUGCUUGCUGUGUGAGAGCAGUUUUCCCAGUGAGGAGAUCCUGGCUGCCCACCUCCAGAGUCUGCACCAGAGGCCCAGCACAGAGGAGAAGGAGUUCAAAUGCAGGAAUUGUGGCAAGAAGUUCCCCAUCAAACAGGCUCUGCAGCGCCAUUUUGAGCAACAUAAGGAGGCCUGUAAAGGAGACGCCAGGUUUAUCUGUAAAGCAGAAAGCUGUGGCAAAAGAUUUAAGAGCAAGGACGCUCUGAAGAAGCACAAAGGAAAUGUUCACACAGGGAGCGCACGAAGGAAACUCACAUGCACCAUAUGCAACAGAAAAUGCUCCUCCUCUCUGAAUCUACAAGAACAUCGAAAGGUACAUGAAAUAUUUGACUGCCAUGCAUGUGACAAGAAGUUCAUCUCUACCAAUCAGCUCAAACGCCACAUGAUCACACACUCAGAGAAGCGACCAUAUACCUGUGAGAUCUGCAGUCGUUCAUUUAAGCGUCUGGACCAGGUGACGGCUCACAAGAUCAUCCACAGCGAGGACAAACCCUACAAAUGUAAGCUGUGUGGGAAAGAGUUUGCACACCGCAACGUCUACAAGAAUCACAAGAAGACCCACUCUGAGGAAAGACCCUUCCAGUGUGAGGAGUGCAAAGCCCUGUUCCGCACCCCCUUCUCUCUACAGCGUCACCUACUCAUCCACAAUAGUGAGAGGACGUUCAAGUGCGACCAGUGCGACGCCACCUUCAAGAGGAAGGACACGCUCAACGUUCACAUCCAGGUGGUGCAUGACGGCCACAAGAAGUAUAAGUGCGACCUGUGUGAGAAGGCCUUUGUCACUCCCUCGGUCCUCAAGAGCCACAAGAAGACACACACGGGGGAGAAGGAGAAGAUCUGCCCGUACUGUGGACAGAAGUUUGCCAGCAACGGCACGCUAAGGGUCCACAUCCGCAGCCAUACAGGUGAGCGUCCAUACCAGUGCCCCUAUUGUGACAAAGCAUUCAGCAAGAACGACGGCCUGAAGAUGCACAUUCGCACACACACUCGAGUGUGUGACCUGUCGUUCAGCUUGAAGAAGAUGCUCAGUAGGCACAAGCUCACACACAACCCUAACCGACCCAUGGCAGAGUGCCAGCUGUGCCACAAGAAGUUCACCAGGAACGACUACCUCAAAGUACAUAUGGAGAACGUCCACGGGGAAACAGAAAGCUAGAGCCAAUUAUGGAAGCACUGACCGAAAAUGAUAUCUGAUUCCUGAGAUAAAGUUCAGUCUCAUGCUUCCAUGUGGCCAGUUUGGCCUUUACAUACAGUACACGCAGAUGGUUAGAUAGCAGAAAUUUUGCUAAUAAAAAUACACACAUGUAGGAUAUGGAAAACAUUAGGUUGAGAAUUUUGAA